CCAAGGCAUGGGGGAGAGUUUUGAUCAUUCUUACCCCAGGAAUCAUCAUGGCCAUGUCUCUGGUACCCAGGACCUGCCUGACGGUGUGUCUUCUGCUGCUGACGACGGCUUCCAUUGUAGCCUCGACUCCCUAUCCUCAAGACCAGCCAGGACACAGCCUAGGGCAUGACCUGCCCCAGGACGACACUAUUCUUCCAGCCGGAGACUUUAAGGACGAAGAGCUUGAUCCUAAUAAUGUCAUCUCAGAGGAUGACAGUUCCACUGAUUCCACAGUGUACGAUCCCCUGGUGAACGAAUUAAUAGUCAACGAAUCCAUAGUAAAUGAAUCCGUUGUGAACGAACCCUUAGUAAACAAUACCAUGGUAGACGACUCCGUGAUACAAGAUUCCUUGGUAAGCGACUUAGUGGCGAACGACUCUGUGGUCAGCCCCAACGUAAAUGAAUCCGCUGAAAAUGAAUCCACUGAAGACGAAUCCGCUGAAAAUGAAUCGACUGAAGUCCCAUCUAAAAACUUAAGACGUGAAAUUAUUUUGAUACGUCCUGUACGUGAUCACCGAAGGCAUCAAGGACACCAUGGUAGUCACCAUAGCAGCCACCACAGUAGUCACCAUAGUGGUGUCCAUGGUAGCCACCACCAUAGUAGUCACCACAGCAGCCACCAUGGGAAUCGCCAUGGUAGUCAUGGCAGCCACCAUCGUCCACGGGGAUACCAUGGCUAGUGUCAAACCCAAGGACACGGCCAUGGAGCAGCCUUAGCAGACUGGCAGCUCUCGCACAACGUACUCUUUGCUGUUCCAUCUAUCACACAACUGUCUACUUAACGAAAACCCUACUGUUCCAUCUAUCACACAACUAUCUACUUAACGAAGACCCUACUGUUCCAUCUAUCACACAACUAUCUACUUAACGAAGACCCUACUGUUCCAUCUAUCACACAACUAUCUACUUAACGAAGACCCUACUGUUCCAUCUAUCACACAACUAUCUACUUAACGAAGACCCUACUGUUCCAUCUAUCACACAACUAUCUACUUAACGAAGACCCUACUGUUCCAUCUAUCAUAA